AUGUGCACCACCCUCUUCCUGCUCAGCACCUUGGCUAUGCUCUGGCGCCGCCGAUUUGCCAAUCAAGUCCAACCAGAGCCCAGCGGAGUGGAUGGGGCAGCUGUGGACAGCAGCUCGGACACAGACCUCCAGUCCUCAGGCAGGGAGAAAGAACCUCCGAAGUAAGACCUCACCUCUGCAGGCGCUCAGCCCCAGGUAGUGGG